AUGGCAAAAGCAAUUAUUGACGAAGCAAGAAUACAGGGAAUGAAGGCUAUAUCUCUUGAUGAUAUAGGGCUAAAAGAAGUCCCAUUAGACCUACUUGACCUCAAGGCAUUGCUUCGAGUGAAUCUAUCGCACAACAAGAUUACUGAACUGCCCGACGACAUUCCACAACUAAAAAAUCUGGAAAUAUUGUCUUUGUAUACGAACCGUCUGACAUUGAUCCCUAAGAGCAUCAAUCAGCUUUCAUCAUUACGACGACUGAUUCUAAGCAAUAACUCUAUAAAAGAGCUGCCUCAGGGUUUCGGCACCUGCUCAUCGCUAGAGUACUUGGAUUUAAGCUGUAACAAGCUUAGCUCCCUCUCUGCAAAUUUUGGAUAUCUUACUACGCUCAAGACGUUGUACCUCUCUGAUAAUAUUUUGACAACGCUUCCCAACGAAAUUGGUAAUCUUGCCAUAUUGGAAAUUUUUGUGCUUCGAGAUAAUAAACUAUCUUCACUCCCAAAGGAAUUUGGCCGGCUUAAAUCUCUUGUGCACUUGAAUCUACAAGGCAAUCAGUUCAAGACUCUUCCAACUUGCUUAUUGGAAAUACCGCUAAAUAAAAAGGAUACAAAACUGCUGCUAGCAGGGAAUCCUUUCGAGCCCAAUGUCAAGCGUGUAUUGAAGCAAGGAGGAGUACCCAAACUGUAUAAAGAAAUGAAGGAGCCAACAUGGAACAAAGAAAAGCCUGAGCAGCAAUCGCAAUAA